AUGUCAAAAAAAACCUCCAAGUUGACGGCCUCGUCCAAAGCCGUGGACCCCACCCUCGAUGCUCUUUUCUCCUCGAGCGCUGGACCUGCCAAACCUCACCCAAGGGCUAAAUAUGCCGAGGCACCACCGCCUAGGCCCAAAAAGGCUGCCGAAGAGUCCGACGAGGAGGAGGAAGCUGGUGACGACGACGAUGAUGAGGACAUGGUGGAUGCUGAUGCCGACCUCUCUGAGCUCUCAGGCGAUGCUGAAGGCGAGGCUUCCGAGGAAGAGGAUGUGGAGGAGGCAGUGGAGCGCCUGCUGGAACCCCCCCGGAAGCCCAAGGAGCGCAAGCGCAAGCGCGACGAAGACGACCUCGAGGGCAAAUACUUGAACAAACUCGCACUGGAAGAAGAGAAGGAAGAGGCCCAGCUCAAGCGUCAGAAGAACAAGUCGGAGGCCCCCAAGGCCGAGCAGGCAGAUGACACAACCUCGGACGAUGACGUGGAGAAGGAAGUCCUCCCCGUCCACGAAUCUCUCGUCGCAAAGGACAAGAAUGAUGCCAACACCAAGGACACGGAUGUCGAGAAAGCCAGCCGCACAGUCUUCCUUGCCAAUGUUGCCGCCGAAGCGAGCACCACAAAGGCAGCGAAGAAGACGCUCAUGACGCAUCUCUCGACCGUCCUGGAAAAGGGCGAGAAGAUUGAGUCGAUCCGGUUCCGCUCGCUCGCCUUCUCGGCCGGCUCCAUGCCCAAGCGCGCCGCCUACAUCACGCACUCGCUCAUGGAAGCCACGACGAAGUCCGCUAACGCCUAUGUCGUUUACUCAACCCCGGCUGCGGCGCGCAAGGCCUGCACUACGCUCAACGGCUCCGUCGUCCUCGAUCGCCACAUCCGCGUCGACAGCGUCGCCCACCCUGCGCCCACAGACCACCGUCGCUGCGUCUUCGUCGGCAACCUCGGAUUCGUCGACGACGAGACGGUCCUCAACACGGACGCCAGCGGCGAGACUAAGGAGCGCAAGCGCAACAAGGUCCCUUCCGAUAUUGAGGAGGGUCUUUGGCGCGUCUUUGGCAAGGAAGACGGCAAGGUCGAGAGUGUCCGCGUCAUCCGUGAUCCCAAGACCCGCGUCGGCAAGGGCUUCGCCUACGUUCAGUUUCACGACGCCAACGACGUCGAGGCCGCCCUGCUCCUCAACGAGAAGAAGUUUCCCCCCAUGCUCCCGCGCACCCUCCGCGUCACCCGUGCCAAGGCCCCGCACAAGACGGCCCUCGCACAGGAGCGCUCCCGCGCCAAGACGGCCGGCGACAAGGCCACGGACAAGAAGUCGACAAAGUACAAGCAAAAGGCCACCAACGAGGAGCUCUCCAUGGCCGGCCGCGCCUCGAAGCUGCUCGGUCGCUCGGGCGCCCUGUACGACCACAAGAAGAAGAAGCAGGGCCGCGGUGGUAGCGGCGACGGCAAGGAGCAGGCCAGCGGGUCAGGGCUCGUCCUCAAGACACCCGAGGAGAUCAUCUUUGAAGGCAAACGCGCGAGCGCCAAUGACGGGCGGCCGAGCGACGUGAGGAUCGGCAAGAAGAAGGGCAGGGUCAACAAGGGACGGGUGGAGAAGAAGGGCCGUGGAGCCGUGAGGGCCGCGGCAUGGCGAAAGGAGGGUGGCAAGACGAGUAAGGAUUGA